CUGCUUGUUAAGGACGGAGAGGAGAGGAAGCCAAGCCACACUACUCCUCGAUAGAUGGCAACGAGGAAUGCCCUGGCCAUGGGCCUGCUGCUCGCCGCCGUGUCCGCGGCAUCAGCAGCAAUGGCGCCUCGGCUGCCCAUGGAUGGCGAUGACCUGUUCGUUGAUCUCCAGCUGCAGCAAGACCCGUGCCCGCAGGUGGAGGACAUCGUGCGCUCUGCCGUGCAGGCGGCGCUCCGCCGGAACAUCCAGCUGACCGCCGGCCUCCUCCGCAUCUUCUUCCACGACUGCUUCCCGCAGGGUUGCGACGCGUCGGUCCUUCUUGCCGGCGAGCGGGACGUUCCGCCCAACGGCGGGUCGCUGCAGCCUGAGGCGCUGCGGCUGAUCGAGGACAUCCGCAGGGAGGUGCACGGCAAGUGCGGCGGCCCCAAGGUGUCGUGCGCCGACAUUCUCGCGCUCGCCACCAGGGACGCCGUCGUCGUCGCCGGACUGCCCUUCUUCCCCAUCAUCCGCGGGCGCAUGGACAGCCGCGCGCCCGCUCCCGACGUGCUCCGGAACCUCCCGUCGCCCUCCGCCUCGGUGGACGAGCUCCUGGACAUAUUCCGGCGCAAGGGCCUGGGCGACCCCGCCGACCUGGUGGCCCUCUCCGGCGGGCACACCGUCGGCAAGGCCAGCUGCGGCGUGAUCAGAGGGAACGACGACUUCUCCAGGGGGCUGGCGGCCAACUGCUCGGCCAGCCGGAGCCGGAAGCAGAGCCUGGACGUGAUCACGCCGGACGCCUUCGACAACAGGUACUACGUGGCGCUGCGGAACAGGAAGGGGGUGCUCGAGUCGGACCAGGGGCUGGCUGACCACCCCCGCACCAGGAACAUGGUCAGGGAUUACGCCAAUGACCAGCAGCUCUUCUUCAGACAGUUCCGCGCCUCCAUGAUGAAGCUCAGCCAGCUGAAGCCGCCGGCGGGCAGCUUUGAGAUCCGACGCGACUGCUCCAGGCCCAACGCCCGUGUCGACGGCGAUGCCGGCCUUGCAGCCUCGGCCUGAUGAAUUAUCGUCCCAGCCUUCUUGCAAUAAAAUAAUAAUCUGUACUACUAGACGUUUGCUUCAUUCGCAUGCACACCGUGUGUACUGAUCAUCAAUGGUGUCGAUCGCGUGAGAAACAAAAUGCAGGUCUACUGAAUGAAUGCCACCGUACCGGUCCUCUCUCUGUA